AUGGAAUCGCCGACGAAGCGCAUGCGCAUACUCCAAUCAGCCGAGAUCGACGAAGAGAAUGACGAAUACAUCGAGGCAAAGCGGAAACAACAGCAAAAAUUCAAAAGCCGGCUCGAGUCGAUAUUCGAGAAGUUCGGAAAUAUGAACGAGUCACAGAGCGACAUAAUCGACUUUAAUACGAACCAGGUGGUGGUCGACAGAGGACAUUUGCGAAGAAUAGACCGUCGACUUAAUGGGAAAGGAAAAGGGUUGUUGGAUACGUUCCUAUCGACUGGGGACAGCCUGGGAGAUUCGGAGGAAGGAGAAGCAAACGAAGGCGACUCGGAAGAUGAAUUGGCACUCCCGCAAUCGGUAAAGUCCAAGACUACUGUACCACCAGAGCAAGACAUGAGCAACCGGCAACUGGAACCUGCCUUAACAAGCGCGCAACAACCUACGUCACCCCCAUCGGACGUUUCAGCAAGAUCCGUGCUACAGACUGGUGUACCGCAAACACCAAAUGCGCCAAACCCUGUCCCAAAUGUCCUACCAUAUCUACAUUUUCCACAGACGCCUGCUGGUCAAGAGGCGCAGAGUGCCUUCGUCAACUGGAUGCACUCCAUGGCGAAACUUCAGAAUGAUCCAAACACCCCAGUAGUCCUUGCAAAUGUGGCCCCCACGCCGACUACGCCUACAACAACAGGUGACAAAGUGGCGCCUCCUACAGAUCCGAAAUGGUUCUAUCCACCUUUGUCUGCACAACCGUGCUCAUGUCCAACCGCUCAGUCGAGCCCCCUCCCGAGCCACAGCGUAGCGCCUACAGAGAAGGCGGCCGAUGAACAACACGCAGACAUUAUAUCGAUAGAUGUAGGCGAAGAAAGACCUUUGGUGACAUUAUACACAAGGCCAGACGAAAGCUCGCCUACGAAGCCCAAGAGAAACAGUCCACGGGUCGGGAUCCAGAGACGUGGUCCCGGCCCGCCAACGAAAUACCACUUCACUAGUGAAGAUGAUAUAUACAUCAGCAAGCGGAAGACAAUAGAUGGUGCCUCAUGGGCAGUAAUCUGGGGAGGCAGAGAGAAAUGGAAGCGGUGGCCGAUCAGCGCACUUCGCAAUCGUUGGACUUUGAUAAAGAAUCAAGAUCUACACUUGCAAGGCGCUUCUGUAGCUUCCACAAGCGAUUCUGCCAAUGGAGGCGAUCAUAUCUCCACGGAAGAAGUUCCCGCCGUCUCGAAGCCACCGCACCACCUACCGACGCCAAUUUCUUCCGAGCAUGAAGAUUGCCAUCAGGAUCUCGUAGUUUCGAUGGAAGAAAACAAGCAGGACAGGUUGUCGUCCAUUUCGCACUACGACGACGACGAGCUGGAUCUGUUAUCCCUGGCCGGAUCCGAUCCAGACGAAGACCAUCUCCCUCCUGGCGGUGACGACACAACCGCAGUUGUAGUUGCAUCGCAAGAUGUAAUACUCCCAUCCAUCGAGACAAGAGAUCUUGUCGAUGAAGAAGACACCAUGCUAGAAGAGGACUUGCCUUCGACUCCGCAGACGCAGGAUUUCAAUAUGACACCCACACGAGCAUCUGUAGACCUGCUAACACAAGACACCGUCAUGACACCUACCCGCGCGUCUUCAGCCACAGUAAAGACCGAACCAUUAUCUUCGCCGACAACGCUUGUCAAGCGAAAACGAUCUCCACUUUUCGCUAAGAUGAUACCCGACUCUCAAGACAACAAAGAUGGUGCGCAAGAGGACUCAAGCAAUGUAACAGUCGCAUCACAGGAAUCCGCCGAACCCGUGAGCACAACUCUCCGCUACCCGUCCAACCAACAAAGCACGCACACCGCACUCAUCAGCAGUAGAGAUGCUUCCCUUGACCUCACCGGCCAUGACGAACUCCUUCCCUCUCCUGCCGACCCAGCAACCCCAUCUCUCAAACGCAAACACGACGCGAUCACAACGCCGAUGCUCUUCCGGACGCCCAAACCCCGCGAUGUGGACGGCAAUAGCGAAACGGGCGCAACCAAGUCCACGUCUAAAGCUCACCGGAAAUCCUUUCUCAAACAGGUCAAGAGGGAGUGGACAAGGAAGGGGACGCCUGCGAAGGAGAAUGUUGUAGGGAAAAGCGCAGGGAGGAGGAGUCUAGGUGGUGCGCUGGGGAAUCUGGAUGCGAGGAAACGGAAGUGGAUGGAUGAUGAGGAUGAUGGGAGUGAGGAUGAACUUACUAUACGUUAG